AAGACCAUAUGCCUAACCAAAUCGUACCUAAAAUCAAAAUCUUUAGUCCAUUGUCGCGUCGGGGACAGUUGAUUUCCCUUGUCACACAGCUGUCAAAAGCUUCGCACGUGGCUGUGAAGAAACAAACACUGUAUGUAAACAUGUCAGGACUGUACGCCUGUUUUAGUGCGGUCCUCCCAUCCGACCGCCUACAAUCAUUGCUUGAUCGAGAGGUCCACCCUUCUGUCAUUCUGUGGUGCCACCCCUGAACAAAAAGCAAAUCAAAGUCAGAAACCACCCCCUCCCUCUUCCGAGCGACGGGAGGUUUUCCUGAGCGCGAAUGUGGAACGCCACCGCCGCAGGGUUUGUAGUUCUCCGCCCCCAGCGCUACUUCUGCCUGCCUGCCCUCCCUCGUUGUGUUGCCUGCCGCCGCCCGCGGAGCGUUCGCCAACUUCGGGGUGGCUGCCGCCUCCAUGUUGGAAACCUCGACAGACUGUAGACGGCAACAGCAGUUAGUGGGAAGCAGCGAUCUCCGGAGUAGUGUCCCCAUAGCCCCAUCCUUGGCCCAGGCACCUCAGAGCGAAGCCCAAGGCACACUGUCUCUGCCUGUGCAUCUCGUUUCUCUUCGUUCUUCACCACGGACGUGUCCGGGUUGCCGCUUGGGUGUGCGGGCGUAAGGGGGCUGCUGGACUGGUUACGUUUCGGGCUUUUGCUUAGAUCGCCCCGUUUCAGCGAGACGUUUCGUUGCCACUGCACUUGGGAAUCUUGGCGGUGGUGGAGACGCUUUAGGUGGUUGGUUUUCAUGUGGAAGACGAGGGGGCCCUGCCUGUUGUAUCGGUUCUUUAGAGACCAUAACAAAUUAAAACAAGAGUAUAUCUUCAUAUUGAAGGAAAACAGAAACGUGCAUAUCCCGUUUCCAUGGACAGCACGUCCAUUAUCACGCAGGUCACUAACCCCAAGGAGGAGGAAAGCAGUGCGAGUCAAGAAAAAGCUUCACAGUGCAACAUCAGCUUGAAGAAACAAAGGAGACGUAACAUUUUAAGCACCUUAUUUUGUUGCUUUCGCAACCACAAUGUGGAACCACCAUCAGCAAAUAAUAACUCAAGUCCACUUCCUCCAGCUGUAGAUGAGAAUGGAACCGUUCCUAAGCCACCAACCAAGUACCUCCUGCCAGAACUGAAUGGAGUUGACUCUGGGAAGAAGUGUGUCGUCAUUGAUUUAGAUGAAACCUUAGUUCACAGUUCUUUUAAGAUCCAAAAAAUAAGGGAGAACGUAUUUGGCAUGCUCUGGAUGUCUUCAGACAACUCAAGAUACUGUAUUGACAUGACUGAAACCAGAGUUUGGAUCAACCGUUUACUCCAUAUGAAGCCAAUUAAAAAUGCUGAUUUCAUAGUACCUGUUGAAAUAGAUGGAACUGUACAUCAGGUGUAUGUACUAAAACGACCGCAUGUGGAUGAGUUUCUCCAGAGGAUGGGGGAGCUCUUUGAGUGUAUACUCUUCACAGCCAGCUUAGCCAAGUAUGCAGACCCAGUGGCUGAUUUGCUGGAUCGAUGGGGUGUAUUCCGUGCUCGACUCUUUAGGGAAUCAUGUGUUUUCCAUAGAGGAAAUUAUGUCAAGGACCUUAGUCGAUUAGGAAGAGAGCUGAACAAGGUCAUUAUUGUGGAUAAUUCUCCUGCAUCUUACAUCUUCCAUCCAGAAAAUGCGGUACCUGUACAGUCUUGGUUUGAUGAUAUGACUGACACAGAACUGCUGGAUUUAAUUCCUUUCUUUGAAGGACUCAGUAAAGAGGAUGACAUUUAUAGUAUGCUUCAGAAACUCUGCAACAGGUAGCACUCAGGUUUUCCCUUAAACUCUCAGGCCGUUAUUUUACUUCAGCGGCUGUAGGCUUUCUUACAAUCUGUAUGUCUUGCUUCUGUCUUUAAAAAAUGAACAAAAAUAAGUAAAUUAUUUUCUGAGAAUGCAGUUUUCCUUGGACACAAAGCCACUUCUCUUCUUCCUCUGUGGGCAUAACAAGUGAUGCAGUUCUCCUUGGACACAAAGCACUUCUCUUCUUCCUCUAUGGGCAUAACAAAUAAUGAUUAUUAACAUUCAGACAAUUGUCCAGGAAUUGCAAAUGGCCAGAUUAACUCAAAACAGACAGAAGGAACUGUUUCACACAAUUUAGAUAUGAACAUAAUUUUCACAGGAAAAAAAAGUACUUUAUCUACCAAAAACAAGCUAUUUUUUGUUUUAUGCUGCUAUGCAGGCUGUUUUCCUGAUAUAUAGUAGUUGAACUGUGAUUUUUUUCCUACAGAUUGAAGUGCCUUUUUUGAAUGCUCUUGAUUUUAAGGAAAAAAAGGUUAUGUUUUGUACACAGCAUAUUUCCAGAGAUCUUUAAUCUUUUUAAUGACUAAAUGCUUUAAGAAGAAACACAGAAAUUUGACAGCGAUGUUAUUUAUGCUAAGAAAUGAAAGUUACACUACGGACAUUGGGUAUUUGUGUAUUAUUCAGCAGUAUAUUUCCACUUAAAUUCAUGUCAUGGAAAUGAAUUUUUGUAUUUGCUCUUUUCUUAAAAUGUUUAAACAUUUCUGUAAUCAUGUAUUUUUAUUAUAACUUAAACACACAAGUAUUUGGGUUUGUUAAAUAUAUUUACCUUCCACAUCCAGCAUAAAUUAGUAGUCUGUGGUUAUAAUUUACAGGUUUUGUAUGCAUCAUUAAAAAAAUUAGAAAGCUUAGCACCUAGAAAUGAAAAUGGUGUUCAUAAGUGCAUAAUUGCCCAGUGUCAUUCAUUGUAUAAUAUAAGCUAAUGGGUUUCUUUCUAAAUAAACAGAUUUCCAGUUUAAAUCCUUGCCAAGUACGCUGACCUUGAUGUGCGAAAGAUUUUGUUUAUUGAUUAAAUUUACAAAGGAGCUGUCAUUAAUUGUUGUUUGGCUAAAAAUCCACAGACUUAAUAUACAUGAAUUGGAAGAAUAUUGUACAGAAGUCUUGUCUUAUUAACAGAAUGCAAAGUAUAUUGUAAGAGUCAAAACAGUGAAAACAAAACAUUAUAGAAACAGUAUUUAAAUAUUUUACCUACCUCUUAAUGGGGCAAGUUCUUUCCCCCCUUUGUUUUUACAACUUAUGGCAUGCUGUCUGCAGUUUGUUGACAAUUGGCUUUUACACUGUUGUAUGCCAUUGUGCCUAUGCCAAAAAUAUAAAUAUUAUUGUAAACUGCAGAUUAGGACAUCAUCUCACAUGACAGUUUUCAUAAUCCACAAAGUUUAGCAUUUCUGUUGUAAGACUGGCAACAGUUGGUUUAGUUUCAAAAUUUUUAAACUGGUUUAAAUUCCAGUACUUCUGUACUAGUGAAUGGUUUAAUACAGGAAACCAUCAUUAUUGAUGUCAUCAUAAGAUUUAUGCAGUGUGGUUGCAUAUUAAUUUUAUUGUUCAACCAAACCAGUUCUUAGAUUUAGCUGAAGUGGAUAAGCUUUCUGCACUCCUUGCAAGUGGGUUGCUGAUGAUAAGUACUGGUAAAGCAAAAUGGAGCCAUCUAACAAAACUUAGUUUUCAGCAUUUCUUUAUAUUUUUUACUCAUAGUUUGCUAAGUUAAAGUACUUAUGAACCAAUAGCAGUUGUUUUAAGAACAUGUAAAAUUAUUGCCUCUCUUUUAUGGAAACACUAAGACAAAUCGUUAUUAAGAAAAUGGUAAUGUCUAGAUCAUUACUUAAAAAUAUAGCUUUUUGAGUGCUUGUGCAAUAAACACAUUUACUUAUGUUCUUCUUUUAGCUGGAUGUAAAACAAGCUGUACAAGUCUGUCAGUAUUUGGCUGCACUAAUAACCUUUUUGAAAAAUAAGAAAAAACUUUUUUGUCAUUUACCAAAAUGGUGUAUUCUAAAUUAGUUUUCUAGUAUUAUUAUUAACUAUUUUAUUAAGUACAUUAAAAAACAUACUAAGAAAGAGGCAUUUUAUUUACUGUUGCAUUGCUCUGUUUUAUUAUGUUUUCCAAUGCCUAGACAUUACCAUUUUGAAAGCUAAAGAUGAUUUUACAAAAUAUAUAUUUGUAGAAAGAAUUCACUGGCCAUAUCUCCAGUUAUUUGGAGUUUUACAAACAGUGUUUAAUUGAACCAGCUGCCUUAAUUUGAAUGUUUCUGGAUGAAUGUUGAUAUAAAAUUGUCUUCAUCAUGCAGUUUAACAGGUUUUAAAAGAUAACUGACAUUCUGUUUCUUAGUGAUUAACUACAAGAUGUUUUAAAUAGACGUGAUCUAGUAAUGUAUGGUAAUGUUAUGGUGCUGGGACACUGUGUUUGACUUUGGGCAUACAUUGGUCUGUCAGUGUAAAUAUUUUGGACUGCAACUACUGUAUGCUUUCUUGGGCGACCUAGAGGUUCUAGAUUUUUCACAGCCUUAAGAUUUAAAAUAAAGAUAAAUGUUAAGAGUCUGAUUAGAUGGUUUAUAGGUAUGGCUGUAUUUUUGAAGUCAAGAAGGCAGAAAUUUUCAGUGCCUGGUUGCACUGUCAUUAGUUUGUAACUCUAGUAGGCAUUUUACUAUGUUUAAAUUGAUACAGUGUGCCUGAGUUGUUCUUAAGUAUAACGUAAGACAAAAUCAUGAUAAUCAUUGGACCCAGGAUGAAGGGGGAUUUUCUCAUAUAGUCUCAGGAAAUCAAGAAAAAAAAGAUACAGCAGGCGGCAGAAGUUUUUUGUACAGACAUUAUUUACAUGAAAGUUGCUAUGGAUUAACAUUCUUCAGUUACAGUAUUAUUUGCUGAAAUUUAUGUGGAAAUGCUGAAAAAUUGAUCCUACUAGUAGUUGUGUCAUCUUUACUUUCCAUUUAAUUAUAGUUUUGGUUACCCGCUUGUGUUAUAAUGUGCACAUAAUGGCUGUUUUUUAUUUUUUCUUGAACUCUACGUGCAGUGUCAAAAUUUGCUACUGGGCUUUCAUAACAUAAUAUGGCCAGAAUGACUUUCUUGGGGUGGUGGCUGGCUGUUAAUUCUGAAUCUCUGAAGCCCUUCAGGGAAAUGUGUAUUAUGCUUCUUAGUUUAAACUAUGUUCCUGUUAAAAACAGGCCAUAUUUUUGUACAAGGGCCUUGUUUCUCCUAUAACAUUACCUUCCAGUUUUUAUGACCAUGAAAAGAUGUUUUGGAAGUAGGAACAAUAUUGCAUACUUACCAGAUUGUUUUAUAAAAAUAUAUAGACGUUAUUAUACUUUUUAACUUAAAAAAGGAUGGCAUGAAAACUGAUCAGUGUGGAAAAUGGUACAAAGCUUCCUAAUUUUUAUGGUUUCAAGAAUCAGUCUGUGGUUUGCACUGGGUAAAGAACAUUUUCAUGGAAGUUGCCGUUUAUAUACUCAGGUUUGGGAGUUUAAUCAUUUUAUGAUGCAGCAUGAAGCAUGUCAUCAGAGUAGCAAAUGAAUAUUGAACUGCAAAAUGACUUAUUUUUGAGGCACUAAAUGAAUCCUGACAAAACCUAAUCAUUCUGAAAGGACACUGAAUCUAAAAUAUGAACAUUUGUCUUUAUACUUUCUAACCCAAUAAAUCACUAAACUCAUUAAAUGCACAGCCCUGCUGUAAACUGACUUUUGUAAUCCUGUUUCCUAGGGUGCUUUGUUGUAAACUUUGUAACUAAAUGAAAAAAUGCUUGAAAUUCUAGAAGUAAACUAUGCAAACUAA